UCCCAACAAUUUUUCCAAGAAAACAUUUAAAUCCGCGAAUAUUAAUUGUCCAUAAACUUAAUUUGGAAUUAAACCGGAAGUAGAAUAGAAAAUUAGGGCGAGGGAAAGAUAUUGCUAUUUGUAAACAAAAGAAAUAAAAUUACAAGGCCUUUUGAACUUUCAAUUCAUGUUUUCGUCAGUAACUAAAAAGACAUUUGUAUUUUGUGACAGCAAAUCAAUACUUCAUAAGUUACUAAUUUGAACUCAAUCACAGAUCAAAGAAAAGCAUUUCUCAUCAAACCAAGGCCAAGGACUGAGGAGCAAGUCCAAGUUUGUUGGUACGGUACUGAGACUGAGUCAGAUACAAUAAAAAUGAGCAAAAGAAAAGAUCCAACCUCAGACAAUCCAAAUGCGGAUUUUUGCGAUUUUUUGAUGGAAUUAGCUAAUUAUGAGAAAAACGUGAAUCGUCAGAUGCAUAAAUAUAAUGUUUAUCGUAAAGCUGCUGGUGUUUUAAAUAAACAUCCUACAAGAAUAAAGAGUGGGACAGAAGCCAGAAAAUUGGAUGGUAUUGGUGAUAAAAUUGGUAAGAAGAUUGAUGAGUUUAUAGCAACAGGAAGUUUAGUAAAACUAGACAAGAUUCGGGCAAGUGAUACCAAUAUGGCUAUAAAUGAAUUAACAAAAGUUACAGGAAUAGGGCCUGCUGCUGCACAGAAAUUUGUUCAAGAUGGUAUUAUGAGUAUUGAGGAUCUAAGAAAACAAACAGAUAAAUUAAAUCACCAUCAGAAAAUAGGUUUAAAACAUUUUGAAGACUUUGAAAAGAGAAUUCCAAGAGAAGAAAUGGAAAAAUUAAAGGUAAGAAUUAAAUCAGUGGAAAUAUAAAAUUGACCAAUACAAAAAAAAUACCCUAUUUAGAAUUUUUCAAAAGGUGCUGCUUCUAGUGGUGAUAUUGAUAUAUUAUUGACACAUCCCAGCUUUAAUUCAACUGAUAAGAAACAGCCACAUCUGGUGAAAAAUGUUGUAGUGAAGUUAGAAAAAGUUAAUUUCCUCACAGAUAGAUUGUCUUUGGGUGAUUCAAAGUUUAUGGGUGUUUGUCAGUUACCUAAAUCUGAAGAUGGCACAGAAAAUCUGUUCAGAAGAAUUGAUAUCAGAUUAAUACCAGCAGAUCAGUUUUACCCUGCCUUGCUUUAUUUUACUGGUUCAGAUGUAUUUAAUAAAAAUAUGCGAGCUCAUGCUCUAGAACAAGGAUUUACAUUGAAUGAAUAUACUUUACGUCCUAUGGGCAGUAUAGGGACACCAGGAGAACCAUUACCUAUUACCAGUGAAGAAGAUAUAUUUGAUUAUAUUAAUUAUAAAUAUAAAACACCAGCUGAACGAAAUGCUUAACUUACAGCUGCACUACUGCUGAGGUAGGAAGAGUACUAGAAAAGAUGUAACACAAUCAUCAAGCUUAAUUCCAUUGGGCAUUUUGAUUAUUUGCAUCUGAUUUAAUUUGAUUAUCAUUUCGUUUUAAUAAACAUGCACUCAUAUGGCAGCAAACAAAUUUUAGAAUAUAUUUCAGUUAUUGUAAUGUAAAAGAAUGUUGUGAUAAAGUUUUCAUGUGG